AUGGCGAAAAGUAAAGGCAAAGUGAAAGCGAAGGCAGCUGCGGCGGUGCCUGUCAAGAACGACCAGGAAGACAUAGCCCAAGGAAAUGAAUUUCAUUCCGGUUUGCUGACCCGAGUGCAUGAGGCAAUCAAAGAAAUCAGCAACCACCCGGUUUUUGAUGCCAUUGGCACCGCCAAGCCCCUGACCAUUGCUCAAGGCGGCCGUCAAAUGCCCUUUGACCAAAAGAUGGCAUUGAAAGCUUUGGAGCAAGGCAACAACAGCGGAUACAAAUGUGGAGGCAAUUUGUUUUGGCACAAUUUGGUUUGGCUUGCAGAGCACAGGAUCCCUCUGAAUGAAGGCCAAAUCAAACAAAUUCAGUCUUUCAGUCUUCCUCCGUUGGAUCCUCCACCCAACUUUCCGUAUGUGGUCACAGUCGCAGUGGACGCUGUAGAUGAUGCUUCCCUCACACCAGAUGGACACUGGCAUCGGCUGAGCCCGGCCGAGCCAGUUUUUGCAUUGCUGUUUAGCAUCUGCGAAGCUGUGACGAAAGGAGACGAAGCCAUUUUGAAGAAUUGGCGGCGUGUGCUUCUCACCGUCGAUUUUGAAUUCUUCGCGAUUCCAGACGGAGAGAUGCGCUACUGGAAGGCAGUCAACUUGAGAGAAAAGGCCGUCGAACUUGGCCAAUCUGUCCGGCUAUCUUUACGACAACGGAUCUUUGACGUGGCAGGAUUCAAGAAGGCAAAAGAAGAUAGCUCAGGAACACAGCUGGCGGCUAAGAAAGUAGCAAGUCUGUACAGCCAACAUGUGAAACUCGCCAGCGGGCAAGAAGCCUUGUCUGAAACCUUUAUUGACUGUGCCUGCACGAUCUUCAAGAGAAUCUUUUCCGUGCCUCGUUGCCAAAAAAUCUUGGAAGAAGCCGAUAUGAUUUUCCUAGGAACAACCAAUCCGUGGAACAAAUCAAUCUACAGUUUGCAAGGCCUUCUUGAUCGAGCCCAGUCCAGUGACAACAUUGCCUACGCACUUGAGGGUAUGAUGGAUGGUUACUGCAUGGGUUACCUGACUCUGAAUGACUUCUCUCCAUCGAGAAUCCGUGAUUAUCGCUCUUCCUAUGUGGAAGUCCUCAAGUUGAAAAAACAAGUCUGCAAAUUCCUCCUGGGAGAGUUUUUGACAAAGCUGUCCCUGCCAUCUUCUUGGACAAAAGAGCUCCGGGAAAAAAUGAAAGACUUCAAGGCAUUCAGGUCUUUUUAUGCCCCAUACCAAAACGCGCAAGCUGAUUCGGCUUGGUUGCUUGGUUGUCCUGAAUCUGUGACCGCAUUUUGCGACUGCAUAGACAAGCUGAUCUACAGCGACAGCUUUGAUGGCCGUUUCCGGGACUGUGUCAAAACCAAAUCCCAAGUAGAAGACUUCAUGGCUUACCCUUCUAUUGCGCAAGAAGUCAAAGAAGUGGAGAAACUUGCCCGCCAAGAGGCAGAACCGGAGAAACAGCCUUCAGCUGCUUCGGCUGCGGCUGACAAUGCCGAAGGCUUUGACGACGUCGACGACGACAUUCAGGAGGAACCAGCUGAAACGGCUGGUCCUGAUUCGUCGUCAGGCAUGCCAGAAGAAGAGAAACAACAAUGGAGACAGCACAUGCUGAAACUUCUGAGAACUCAUGUGCGGUUUGUCCCAGAUAAGAAGACAGAACAGGAGCUAGCGACCCUACAGGCACGGUGCUCUUCCACUUCGAUGCAAAACGCUUUGGCGAGUCUUCGACAAAGACCUGACCUCCGCACGCCACCUUUGCGAGAAGCUCUGUACCAGCGGCUGGUGCGGUGCUUGCUCCAAGCCAGGGCCGCAGAGGAAGCUUCGCCAACCUUGCAAAGUGGUGAUGUGGCAUUGCUGCUCGAUGCUGGCAAGCCAGGCUUGAAAAGCAAAAUUCUGAAUCCAUGGAAAGAAGGCACAACCAAAGAGGGCAAUAAAAAAGGAGAAGAUGAUGACGACGAGGCAGAAGAUGAGGAAGAUGAUGACGACGGCAAGCCAACUCUCACUGUCGACACAAUCAGCCUCCAGUACACGGAAGAAUCCCUUGCCCAACGUAAAAGAAGAAUCAAAGGAUCUUUCACCUUGAAGCAGCUUGAAACAGCCUACAUUCUGGCCAACCACCGCCUGAAGCUUCCGUGCCGGGACCGCAAGCAUUACCCAGGCACCUCAGCUGGUGAUGUCAUCAGUGGCGUCGCCCUGCCUGCAUUGGCAUCGGAAUGGGCCGUUGAAUGGAAGGACAAAAAGGAGAUGCUGACCAAGCGCCAUGUCAUUGCCGUGGGAGGCAAGACGGAAGAGGCGAAAGAUGAGCCGAAGCAGGUCGACAGAUUGAAGAACAAGCAGGAACCCUUUUGCUUCUGGGGUUCGCCCUUGGAAUUAUAUGAAGAAUACCUUCAUACAUUUUUUGCAAAGAUGGUCUUGGAUUUGACCCCAAGCGAUGCCAAGUUUGCGUUUGCAUGCUUGCGCAACAGAGUCGGCUACGUUGGGUUGGCCUUCAGCCAAUUCCAUGCGGAGAAAAUGGAAGAGCGCUUGUUGCAGCUGGUGGAGAAGGAAAUGCUGGACUCCAACAGCCCCCUCUACAGCAUCGCGUACUCAAAGGCACUGAAAGGCGGCGCGGCUGACUCGGCCAGCCCGCAGAAUUCGAAUGAGGAUGCGGGCGGCUGCGAAGACGAGGACGCCGACGAGGACCAAGAGGAGCAGGAGCAGGAAGAAGAAGCCAUUUGGGAUCCACUGAAUGACGGCGAAGAAAACAUUGGCUGA